CCCCAUGGUGCCCCGCGCGCGGGGCCGGCCCGGGCCGGUGCUGCAGUAGGUCCCGGCUCGGCUGCAGCGGGGACGGGCCGCUGACAGCCCGCGUGUGACCAGGGCCCGGGACCGCCCCGUGUUUAACUUCCCAAGGAGACAGUGGGUUGAACACCCCCACUCCCUCCGCUGGAAAUGCAGGUUUUCCGCCACAACCUAUGGUGGAUGAUGCAGCCUCGCAGCUGCGCAUGUAGCUAUGCUACUUGCCUACUCUUUGACUCGGACAGGUCGUGUAAGGCAAUCUUUGUCGAGUGAAGAGCUAUUUACAUGCCCAACUUGUGAAGCCUGCGAGGAGUUGACUAGGAAUUGUGCAGACUCAGCACUUCUGGAAUAAUCAAUCCAGAUGUCACAAGCGCCUCUGUCAGUGGUGACCUUUGAAAAAUUGUAGGGUGAAAUUCUUCUGCACGGGGGCAGGAGCAGCCAUGACGGAUAACAGCAUGGAGUUUCAAACAGACACGCCUUCGGCGCUCAGCUUCAGCAGCCUUCCUGCGGAGCUCCUGGAGCCUCCGGCCAUGGACUUGGAAGAAGGUGCCUUGACAAAAUCUGACUUACCAAAGACCAUGGAGCAAAGUGUUCAUAGUCUCCGGCAGCCUGGCUCAGCCUUCAGUGCCCUGUGCUCUGAGCUUCACUCCUCUGCCUCUGACAUAGAGCUGAGGCUUGGUGCUGCCACUGAGAAAGUGGCUGUCUCUGAAAGCACAGAGAGCAUAGUGUUGGGAGGCCCAGAUGCAGCCUCUAGCUCAGUGACUCUCCUGGGCUUGGACCUCCAGGAAGCAGGUGCAGAAGUUUGCAGGGACUUGGGUGGGGCAAUGGAAAGCAGUGAGGAUGCCACAGUACCUGGGACGGAUGCAGACUGGAAACCCCCUCAUAGGGUAGGAGGCACCAGAGGCCCAAUAAGCUCAGGACAGAGUGACUUGGUUUGCAUGGAUCUGGAUGAGGAGCCAGAGGCUGGUUCCUGCCUGGAAGGUGAGGAAUGGACUGAUAACAAUGAGGAUGGUCAGUUAGAGAUCCAGGGCCUCCUUGCCCAGCUCCAGUCCCUCAGCCCCAGCUUCCGUGAUGACUCGCCCACCUCGGAGGAUGGCCUGCUGCCACCCUCAGAAGUGGGUGACUGUGGUGUGGGCUGUUCUGAAAGAGAUGCCGUGCUUCCCUGCAAGGGGGCGUCAGGGGCUUACGGCAUCUGUCAGGGGUGGCUAGAUGAAUGUCAUCCCUGCCCCCUGCAUAUUGCCACAGGGAGAGGCCUGGCAACACAACCCUGCCGUGCCCCGCACUCCACCUGCUCCCGGAGAAGCCGGGAGUGCCAUGGCCUGCUGUUUGCAGAGGCCAACAGGGAGGACUUGCUGAGCCUCCUGCGCUAUGAGGGAGGGCUCCCAGUGGAGACAGACACUGAGACACCCCUUGCCAGGUCGGAUGUUCUGGCUGGGACCAACCUUGAGGUCUUGCAGUCCCAAGAAAACCCCACGGCUUUGAAGGUGGAUGAAAGCACAGUGGAGCUGGGCACCUCGAAGACGGAAGACUCCUGCCAUUGGUAUCAGAGCCAGGGUGUCUGUGAGGAAGACUCUGCCUGCUUGUCCCCAUGUAGCUGGGAUGGCCCUCCAGAGCCUGCAUGGACAGUGACGUCCCCACCUCGGACCCAAGGACCAGAGCAGGCCCCCAGCGGGGGUGCAGCUACUAAAGAAUCCCUGUCCUCCUAUCCGGCCUUCAAAGAGGUUCCAGGUCCCUGUGACCCAGAGGACCUACUGGAUGGAGUGAUCUUUGGAGCAAAAUACUUGGGCUCCACACAGCUUGUGUCAGAGAGGAACCCCCCAACCAGUGUCCGGAUGGCGCAGGCCCAGGAGGCUGUGGACAGGAUCAAGGCACCCGAGGGAGAGUCCCAGCCCAUGACAGAGGUGGAUCUGUUUGUCUCCACGCAGAGGAUCAAGGUCCUUACAGCCGACACACAGGAGGCCAUGAUGGACCAUCCGCUCCAGACCAUCUCGUACAUUGCGGACAUUGGCAGCAUCAUUGUGCUGAUGGCACGUAGGAAGCUGCCACGGCGGACAGAAGCCUCGGGGGAGAAGCGGCUCUAUAAGAUGAUCUGCCAUGUCUUCCAUUCGGCUGAUGCACAGCUGAUUGCCCAGGCCAUUGGGCAGGCCUUCAGCGUAGCCUACCAGCACUUCCUGCAAGUCAACAGCAUUGACCCGAGCCAGCUGAGACUCCGCCAGCAGGGCCACAGCCCAGAGGAUGAGGAGCUUUAUAAUGGGGACCUGGCCCACUUCUCCAAGCAGGAAAACAGCAAGGAGGUCUGUAUCCAGAAGCAGAAGGGGGAGAUCCUGGGCAUUGCCAUUGUGGAGUCAGGCUGGGGGUCCAUCCUACCCACCGUGGUCAUCGCCAACCUCAUGCAUGGGGGUCCUGCAGAGAAAUCUGGGGAACUAAGCAUCGGGGACCGGCUCAUGUCCGUCAAUGGGACCAGCUUGGUGGGGCUGCCUCUCAGCACGUGCCAGAGCAUCAUUCGGGACCUGAAGCACCAGACAGAGGUGACCCUGAGCAUCGUGCACUGCCCCCCUGUCACUACAGCGAUCAUCCGCCGCCCAGACUCCAAGUACCAGCUGGGCUUCUGCGUGGAGAAUGGCAUUAUCUGUAGCCUGAUGAGAGGGGGGAUCGCAGAGAAAGGUGGCAUCCGCGUGGGCCAUCGCAUUAUCGAGAUCAACGGGCAGAGCGUGGUGGCCACACCACACGAGAAGAUCAUCCAGAUCCUCACACAGGCAGUCAGCGAGGUCCACAUCAAGACUAUGCCGGCCUCCACAUAUCGUUUGCUGACGGGCCAGGAGCAGCCCAUAUUUCUCUGAAGAGCAGGAGUUUGCUUUUGACUGCCUGGCUGGCACCACACAUGUUCUACCUGCUUCACUUUAGGGUUUGGGAGGAAAGAGCUGCCUGCGAGAGAGGCCAGAGCUGGGCCAGAAAAGGGUGUGUUCGGCCUCCACCCUGUCUGGCAUUGACUCUUUUUGCCUGCUCAGGCUCUCCUGUCCUGGGCCCCAGGUGAGGGACAUGAGGGCAAAACCUUGGGGCUUUUGUAGAAGGUGCUUUAUGCGGCCUCACCAUGUGAGGGCACCCUGCUUUUGGCCUUAGUAUUGUUUCAGGGCUUAUGCAGGGGCCCUGGCCUUUCUCCUGUACCUCAGUUCACUUGCUGCCUUGCACCCCACUCACUCAGCUGCUCUAUGCAGCACAAGUUGCCCAUCUGGACAGGGCACAAUCCUGGUCCUUCUUGUACAGCUCCAGGGCAAGGUAGAGCCUCUCUCUCGGCUCCCUCUCCUUCCCUCAAGCUUGGAGUAUAGGGCAGUUCUGUGUUCAGAGCAGCCCAUGCGAAUGCUCCUAGUCUCACGUGCAAGGACCUUUAACCCAGCAGGUUGCGUUAGCAGGAAAACGCUACUGCUGCAGAACCAGAGGUGCCCCCAGGGUGUUGCACUGGAAGAGAUGGAUCACAGUAAUGUUCAGGCAAGGCCCUGGCUGCCCUGGGUUGUGACCUUACACUGUGACGUUCUGCUUCUCAGGCAGAGGCCCCAGCCUUGUCAUCCCUGCCUGCUGAGGGCAGAAACACUAACUGCCUUAUAGCUAGCAGCUCCUCUGAGGGCUGCUGUCCCCCAAGUUGGUCCAGGCUGCCUGCUCCACCCCCAGACUCACUGCUCCGUCUAGCCCUGCUGUUAGGUUCAGCUCCUGCAGAAAGUGGUUGCCAGACUUCCUCAGGACAUGGGGUGGGGGAUGCAUGGAGAGAGUCUGCUGUGGGAGCUGUUGGCAGAGGUUUCCCUUUGCCCCAGGGAGCACCAGCUCUGUCACUUUAUCCCAUCUGGUUGGUGGGUGCAGCAAUAAAGGCUCUUUGGGACUUUCA